AUGGCUCACAGAGAAACCAAUGGAAGCAAACUCUUCAUUACAGUGUUGUGUAUGGUGGCGGCGUGCGGUGCCGUCCCCAUCAGUGACCUGCUUGAUCGGGCUUCUCAGCGCUCUGACACGCUGCACUCCCUCAGCACCACUCUCACCCAAGAUCUGAACAAUCACAUCCCACCUGUAGGCUGGAUGAUGAUGCCCCGCCCCUCAACGUGCCACACCUCCUCUCUACAGACACCCAAUGACAAGGAGCAAGCUCUGCAAUUAUCAGAGUCGGACCUGUUGUCAUUGGCUCGCUCCCUGCUCCAAGCCUGGCAGGACCCCCUGGUAGACCUGUCCAACUCUGCCAACAGCCUGGUUCACCCAUCCCAAAGCAGCAUUUCCAACAAGAUCCGGGAGCUGCAGGAGCACUCCAAGAGCCUGGGAGACGGCCUGGAUAUUCUAUCUGGCAAGAUGGGGCCAGAAGCCCAGGCCAUCUCCUCACUGCCCUACAGAGGCUCCAAUGACAUCGGCGAGGACAGCAUUUCCAAACUGACCAACUUCCAUUUCCUGCUGUCCUGCUUCCGCCGCGACUCUCACAAGAUUGACAGCUUCCUGAAAGUCCUCCGCUGCCGGGCUGCAAAACUGCAACCCGAAAUGUGCUAA